AGUUACUGAGGUUGAUAGACAAGCUAAAGCUCAUAAGAUUGCAGAUCCACAGCAACACAGUUCUCCUAAUAACAGACUAGUUCACAUAAGUGUUUUAUUGGACACACGAAGAAAUGUUGGGUGAUGGACAGGCUGGUGCCAAGAGCUUCAUCAUUUGUGGAGCGAUAGUUCACAGUACGGAGCCUUCCCAUGUCACCAUCCUGGAGGACGGCUUCGUCGCAGUGUGCGAUGGCAAGGUGGCGGCGGUGGGCGGCCGGCCGCAGCUCCCAGAGGCCCGGGCCCGGCUGGCGGUGCCCGAGGACCGCCUGGUGGCCCUGGCGCCGGGCCAGUUCCUCUGCCCCGGCCUGGUGGACACCCACAUCCACCCGCAGCAGUACCUGAACCUGGGGCUGGGGCUGGACCGGCCGCUGCUCGAGUGGCUGGACACCUACACCUUCCCCCUGGAGGACAAGUUCUCAGACGAGGCCUUCGCCCGCCGCGUGUGGGCCGCCGUCGUGAGGUGCACGCUGGCUCACGGCACCACGACGGCGUGCUACUUCGCGACGGUGCACGGGCGCAGCACGCUGGCGCUGGCGGAGACAGUGCGCGACCUGGGCCAGCGCGCCGUCGUGGGCAAGGUCAGCAUGGACCGGAACUGCCCCGCCUACCUGCGCGAGGCCACGGAGCGGUCCCUGAGCGACACCGCGGGCUUCCUGCUGGCCGUCGCCGCCCUCAAGUGUGACCGGGUGCAGCCGGCCAUAACGCCCAGGUUUGCCAUCACGUGCAGCGAGCCCCUGAUGAGAGGGUUGGCAGACUUGGCCGACAAGCACAACACACUCAUUCAGACGCACAUAUCGGAGAACCAGGAGGAGGUGAAGUCUGUGCUGUCGCUGUUCCCCGAGGCCAAGAACUACACGGACGUGUACCUCGCCGCGGGGCUGCUGGGCCCGAAGACGGUGCUGGCCCACGGGGUGCACCUGGCCGACGAGGAGCUGGGCGUGCUGGCGGAGCGCGGCUGCUCCGUGGCGCACUGCCCCAACUCCAACACGGCCCUGCGCAGCGGCCAGUGCGACGUGCGACGCCUGCUGGCCGCCGGCAUCAGCGUGGGCCUCGGCACCGACGUGUCGGGGGGCUUCAGCCCGUCCAUGGUGAACGCCAUGCAGUCGGCCGUGUCCGUGUCCACCCACCUGUCCUUCCGCGACGGCCAGCGCCACGCGCCGCUCAACUACCAGGAGGUGUUCCACCUCGCCACCCUGGGCGGCGCCACAGCGCUGUCGCUGGGGGACAGGACGGGCAACUUCGCGCUGGGCAAGGACUUCGACGCGCUGGUGGUGGACAUGUCCGCGACGGGCUCCGGGGCGGAGGUGGUCUCCACCUACACCACGGCCGAGCUGCUGCAGAAGUUCAUCUUCGUGGGCGGCGACCGCAACGUGAGGAGGGUGUACGUGGCGGGCAGGGUCGUCAAGGACACUGCGGCGUGAGCCCCUGCAUGUUGCUCUCCAUCGCCCGGCCAACACUCUUGUACUCUUGUAAACCCCUGCAGAUACCCCCUGUAGGUAGGCGUGUACGAUGUGGGCGAUACGACACAUCUUAGUAACGCAUGUACACACACUUUUCAACGGAGGGCACAAAAAUGGUGUACGAUGCGGGAAAGUGUAUGAAAAGGGAAUGGGAAUAAUUAAUUUUAUUUUUUUCAAUUUAGCAUACCAGCACAAUGUCAAGUUUAAACUUCCGCUUUGUAAAAACGUAUGAAACGGGAAAUUAAUGAUUUUAUAAGUGUACGUUCCGGGAAAGUAAAUCAUUGUAAAUAUAGUACUUUCGGCGGGACCGAAAUUAAUCGGCGUAUGACACGGGAAAAUGUAUGAUUCGGGAACGUAUCAUCGAGGUUCUACUGUGCAAUGAAAUGAUCAGUGGCAGUUAUUCACUGUGCACUGCGAUUAACACGUCCAAGAUUAGCUCAAUAUGCUAGACUAUUUCACACUUUUUUUCUUGUUUGCAUAUAUGCUAUGUGGUUAGAUUUCUUGAACUUGUUCUUUUCAGUCAUAAAUUAAAAAAGAAAAAUACAUCUCGGAAUAGUUUAGCAGGUGUAUCUGAGCUAAAAGAAAGUUUCAGCCUGUAUAGUUCUUCAAGUGUUAAGGAAUUUACGUGAAGUUAAAGACAAAUAUUUUAGGUUAGUGAGAUGAAUUGGUGUCUACACUAUAUAUAUAUAUGAAGUUCUUUCUUUAAUCUGUUUUAAAGGAAAACUUGACUAAAUUGUAUUUUUCACAAAAAAAUGAGAGCUGUACAAUGUUCUGACUAGGGGGAAGAGGUUGAGGUAAGAAAGGUGUGGGCUCGCUGUGUUGUGUCUGGUCUCAGCUGAUGCCGAUAAGCGAUGACAUUAAGAUAAGUCCGACAAGCAUUGCUUUUGUUUUGUGUUAUGAAGUGAUAUUUUGCGUGUGUAAUAUAAAGUUUCCAUUACGUAUUA